GUGAAGAAAAAUCCGUGCGUGUCCGUUUCGGGAGACCAAAUCCGUUUUUCGCUGUUGCUCCCGCUGAAGAUCCGCGACCCGACGAUGCUUACCAACCUCGUUAAGCUGUCCGCCGUCCGCGGUGUGUCGCAGUCCGUAACCAACGGGCUGAAACCCGCCGUAGCUGGUGCCGCAAAGGUGGAAAGCAAAUCUGCGACCGCUGCAGGUCAGAUUCCUAUCGUAUCCGCCGGGGCUGGCUUGCCGAGCAGCAAUGUGCGAGUGGUUUCGGGCGUCACAGGAGCAACACAAAUCCGAUGCGCCCACACCGACAUCCGAGUGCCGGACUUCUCCGACUACCGCCGUGAGCAGGUGAAGCGCCCGAACUCGAAGAACGAUAGCGCCGAUGAACGGGCCGCAUUCACGUACCUCAUGGUCGGAGGUGCCGCUGUGUCGACCGCGUACGUCGCCAAGUCGCUCGUCUCGACAUUCAUUUCCUCGAUGAGCGCUUCCGCCGAUGUGUUGGCCAUGUCAAAGAUCGAAAUCAAGCUCGCCGAUAUCCCUGAGGGCAAAUCGAUGACUUUCAAGUGGCGCGGUAAGCCCCUGUUCAUCCGCCAUCGUACGGCGCAAGAGAUCGAUUCCGAACAGUCGGUCGCUGUCGCUACCCUGCGUGAUCCCCAGAAUGACGCCGAGCGUGUCCAGAAGCCGGAAUGGCUCGUCGUGAUUGGUGUGUGCACGCAUCUUGGUUGCGUCCCAAUCGCAAAUGCUGGUGAUUUCGGUGGCUACUACUGUCCGUGCCACGGUUCCCACUACGACGCGUCCGGUCGCAUCCGCAAGGGACCGGCUCCGUUGAACCUGGAGGUGCCAUUCUACGAGUUCCCGGAGGAGGGUUUGCUUGUUGUCGGUUAAAACCCUUCCCCCCGUAUGGCUCGAUCGUGUUUGCAAGGCAAACCACCUCCCUCCUUCUGAUAAGUAGUGAAGAAUGUAUCAAUCGCAGAAAGGCAAUACCCCGGCAAACGCUUUUGUCGAAUCAACAUACUAACGAGGAAUAUGCUCUACGAAGGCCUCUAGCACACUACCCGAGUGUAAGUAUUUAAAAUUCAAUCCAACCGACGAGAAUGAAUGCGCCCAGAUCGGCAAGAGGCUACCAACCAACGGCAGCGUUAGCAAACCAAAACCAAUUUAUUGAUAGUAGAACAAUUGCGGCGGUCUGGGCAAUAAAUUGAUUGGUAUAAUA